CCACUUCCAGUAUCGAGCCGGCAUGGACGCCCACCACCACCACCAGCAUCGACAGCAACAGCAGCAGCAGCUUCACCAGCAGCAAUUGGCCAUGGCGGGCGCGUACCUGCCCGCGGGCGUGGAUCUGCACGCGAUGGCGGCCGUGCAGCCGCUGCCGCCGCCCGUCGACACGAGCAUGGCCAUGGCCAUGGCAGCAGCAGGCGAAGACCUGCUCCAGGACGUCAAGUUCGGCGCGGAGCCGGCGUCUCCAGCGCCGUCGUCCGUGUCGUCCAAGGAGAAAUGGCAGCAGAAGCGCCAUGUGUGCACCAAUGCCGAGUGCGGCAAGAGCUUCGACUCCAAGUGGGCGCUCAUCCGACACAUUCGUGUGCACACGGGCGAGAAGCCAUUCCCGUGCACCUUUCCGUCCUGCGACAAAUCGUUCGCGGAGAAGUCGGCCAUGACGCGUCACUUGCAGACGCAUUCCCGUGACAAGCCCUACAAGUGCACGUACGCGGACUGCUCCAAGAGCUUCAAGGGCAAGGACUACUUGGAGUUCCACCUAAAGAUCCACGCUGAAGGCAACCCGUACGCCUGCGAUCACCCGACGUGCUCCAAGACAUUUUGCAGCCCCAAGAGUCUAAAGAAGCACAUUAGGUUGUGGCACAACCCGGGAGGCAAGAGCACCUCGAUGGAGCAGCAGCUGAGAGAGCGCAUCAUCAAGAUGGCCACGCGCAACAAAGAGAAGACGCGUAAGUUUGAGUCCACCAUUCGAACGCUUAUGGCGGAGAAUGAGGCUCUCAAGAGGAGGAUCCUUGAGCUUGAGAAUCAUCAGCAACAUCAGCAACGAUUGUAG